AUGACUUCUCACUUCAAGACCGAAGACCUUACGGCAGCUAAGCUCUUUGACGUGAGCAAACUCAAGUGUGUCGUCACGGGUGGUGGCACUGGUAUCGGAUUGAUGUGUACCCAAGCACUGGUCGCUAACGGUGCAACGGUUUACAUCACUGGCAGACGCAAGGAAGCCCUCGACACUGUGGUCAACGAGCACUCAAGUGGCCCGGGCAAGAUCAUCGCUAUUACAGGUGACGUGUCAAAGAAGGACGAAUGUAUCAGAUUAGCAAAGGAGAUCGGUGAGAAGGAGUCGAACGGUAUUCACUUGUUGGUCAACAACGCUGGUAUUGCUCGAGAUGACAAUACGAAGCUUAGCAACAACCCUCCAGAUAGCUGGGAAGAUGCUGAGGCUCUGUCAAAACACAUGCUUGAAAGCGACCCUGCUGCUUGGGAGGAAACCUUCAGGACCAACAUCAUCGGGCAAUUCUUCAUGGCAGCUGCUUUUGCACCUUUACUGGCCAAAGCAAAUAAGGCGGGAUAUGAGCCUUUCCCUGGCAUCAAAUACACCUCCUCGAUUGUCAACAUCACGAGUAUCUCUGGUCUCAUGAAGGGCACAUCUUCAGGACAAUUUGCGUAUGCAAACUCCAAAGCUGCUAUGAAGCAACAGAGCUUUCACAUCGCUUCACACCUUCAGGGUACAGGUAUUCGAGUCAACCAAAUUGCGCCAGGUGUUUUCCCCUCAGAAAUGACCACAUCGGAGUCCGACGAGCAGAACAAGAGCGAGCUAAGCUCCAAGUUGGGCAAUCCAUCAGGCCGAGGAGGCUCGGAUGCUGAAAUGGCUGCCACAAUUCUGUAUCUAGCCGGACCAGGAGGAUUGUUCUGUAAUGGCGAAGUUAUACAUCCAGACGGCGGCGCCACACUUACACAACCAGCGGUCAUGUAA